AAUUGAAAUUACUAUGGAACGACAAUUUUUUGAUUGGGUGGAAAGUUAAAAACAUCUAAUUCAUUAAACAUUGCCAUAAGUCAACUGUCAAAAAUGUCAACUUUUGUAAGUUUUUAAAGUCUUAAUUGAUGCACAAAACCUCAUAAAGUUUUGAAAUUUUUGAGUUAAUUGUUAAUAAUUUUUAUCCAUAUUUAUAUAUGCAAUGCAGUAAAUAAACAAUUUAUGUCUAUGUUUAUCUUAUUGAUGCUGAGUUUUAUGAGGAAACAAUUUCAAAUUUUAACGGAAACUUUUAAUACAUUAUUAAGUCGAUACUAUGGAACAACUUUCAAACAACGGUAGUAGUUUAAUAAAUCAAACAUCAAUAUGUUCAAACAUGAGAGAAUUGAUUGAAGCCAUUAAUGAAUACAUAAAAACGAAAACAGAUAGUAGUACUGUAAUAAUCAACAAGUUUCUUCAAGCUUAUAGUGUAACUAUUGAUGUCAGUACUUUUGAUCCAGAAAAUGGUCUUGGAGCUCAAUUUUAUGUUACUUUAUAUAAUUUAUUCACAAAUUUGGAUCCACAUUCGCAAAUGGCUUGGGACUGCGUCGAUGUUUUAUCUAACGCAUGCAGAAAUAGUUCUGCAAGACAAGCCCUUAUAGAUACUUACCAAUUUGUACCACCAUUGUCUAGACUUUUAAAUGAUCAAUUAAAUUUAUCUAAAAGGAAGAAAGUCCUAAUACUUUUGCAGGAUUUAACAUGUGGAAUAAAAUUAUCAUGGCAAGUCUCCUAUUUACCACAUCUACUGAAAAUUCUCACUAAAUGGGUAGAAAGUAAAGAUCAAGAUAUUGUUUGCUUGUCUUUAAGUGUUUUGGUUAAUCUCUGUUUCAAAAACAUUUCUGUAAUGUAUACUUUAUCAAGAAUAGUAGAUAUUAAAAAAUUUUUAAGGUUUUGUCUGCCGUUACAGGGUCCUUUGAUAGAAAUUCAUGUUUGUAAAUUAAUGAUUAUUCUCAACCAUUUAAACGAUGAUAUUCCUAAAAACACUUUAUUACAUUUGGUAUCCCCAACAUUUAAUUCAAUGCAAGAGUCACUUGCAAAAAAUGAUGCCGUGAUGCUUAGAUCGGUGGUGGAUUUUUUCGUGGAUAUCACAUCAGAAAACAAGGAUAUUUUUAAGGAAUACAAAUAUUAUACUGAACAAAUAGAUGAUCUCAUAAAGACUCUAAUGUCAAGAAAAAUACCAACUAAUGCAGAUUCAACUCCAAUUCAAGAACAUGAUCCCGAGUGUAUAGUACCAGUACUCAAAUUUAUUCAUGCCAUAGAAGACAACAAAAUAACAGACUUAUCUAGUUUGUAUUCUAGUAUAAUAAAAUUAGCUCUGGAAUGGGUACAAAAUGCGAAAGUAACCUAUGAAUCUAACAUUUUACUCACAAUAAUUACACAAAACUUAUCCGAAAUUGGUGAUAAUAAAAGUUUAUUGAAUAUGUUGAGUAUAAAGUUACCCACCUUUUUAACUUUACUUGGAAAUGAAUCCUCUCUGGCAAAUAUGGAUGCAUGUAGAAGACUCAGAUCUAUAUUACAAUUGCUGAGAGUGAUGCUCAAAGCUACACCUAUAUCUGAAGAGGUGAUGAAAUCUUUGACUGAACCUUUAUUGAUGGGUAUAUUUUCUCCUGUUUUAUCAGAUGAUUUCAAUUCGAAAAAAUUAUCCCUUCUUAAAGUUAAUGAGGACACUACCACUUCAACAGAAUAUGUGGAUGUUUACGUUUGUGGUAUUGGAUUAGUAUAUGAACUUGCUCAACAUAACGCCGAUUGGCUAGAAAUGUUAAGUAUGUUGAUGGAAAAUAGGAACAUACAAAGUAUCAUUGCUAUAGCUCUUUACGGUAGCAAAAGUCAUAUAAGACAGCUCGUUUUGGAAUUAUCCAGAUAUUCAAGAUUUCCAAUUACUAAAAUAGCUGAGGCUAUGGAAACGUCACAAAACAUGUUUUGUAACAAAACAUCAUCAAAUAAUCAUAUGGACGUUACCACAUCGCAUAAUUCAGGGUAUCCGGUAUUAGGAUAUGGUCAAUUAGAGAUGGUAGAUGAUACAUUGAAUAGUUUAAAGAAAUUGAUUAACGACCAACAGAUUUCCAAUAUAUCUGUAUGUCAAGUGAUGGAGUUGUAUGAAUAUAAAUUAGCAUCAUUGGCUAAUUCGGAGCUGUCAGCUUCAAACAGUUUACAGGCGGCUUCCGAGCGUUGCGUUCAUUUACAGCAUCGGAUAACGCAACUAUCAUCAGAACAUAACAAAUUAGGACAAUUAAUACACCAUUAUGAAAGUAAAUUAGAAAAAAAUCAGAAAAGUAUGAAUGAUUUGAAGACAUUCUGUUUGAAUGAGAGAAAAAACGCCGACAAAGAGAUUGAAAAAUGGGAGGAAACUGUUAAAGAAAAAGAAGGCAGAUUGAAUAGCGUUAAACAGGAACUCUUACAUAUGACCAAGUUGAAGGAUGAUUUGGAAGAACAAAUAAAAAAGAAUGAAUCGUUGAUACAAAAGUUGGAAGAGAAUGGAAACAGAGUUGAAAAACAAUUACAGUCACGGGAACAACAACUCAAAAAUGCAAAUUCGCACAUAGAUGACCUUAACGUGCAAAUUAAAGACUUGAGAAAAAUGCUGGACCAAAAAGAGACCAAAUUGGCUGAUGUAACGAAGCAUUAUCUAGCAACCAAAGAAGUUCUCAAUACAAUUACAAGAGUAGCAACAUCCCAGAUGAAUUCUGAACGUCAAGUAAUUUAGAAAUGUGCAAAAACAUUUACAAAAAUCGUGCUAUGGUCCCGUUUUAUCUGGAUUUUCAGUAUACACAGGGUUUUAUUGAAAUUAUUGUAUUUUUCUUGAAGGAAUUUUUACCAUCAAGUAAGAAUCAUAAUUCUUGAUUUAUUUUCUUCUAUAAAUUACUUUAUUGAUAAAAAAAGAAAUUAUGUUUAUGGUUAAUCAAACUUCAAUCAACUCAUGUUGAACUAUGAAUGCGAAUUGAAAACUUUUUCAUACAUUUUUAAAAAUGAUUUUUAUUUGUAAUACUUUAUAAAUAUAUAUUUUAAGAACCCUUCUAGAUUAUACCUUAAAUUAGAAAUAAGUACUGUGAUUCAUUUUUUUAAAUAAAUAGACUGUAUUUUUGUAAAA